AAUUUAUAGAUUUGGGAAUUUUCCAGAUCGGAACCCUAAACGAUGCCGCGAAGCAGAGACGAAGACGAUGAAAUAGACGGAGACUACGAAGGAUUGGAAUUAGAGGAAGAAGAGGAAGAAGACGAAGAAGAAGAAGAGAGAGGAAGAGGCGGCGGCGGUUCUAGACGGAAGAGAGGAAGAUCGAAUUUUAUUGAUGAUUAUGCGGAUGAAGAUUCACAGGAAGAAGACGAUGAUGAUGAAGAUUAUGGUAGCCGUGGAGGUAAAGGAGCUGCUAGUAAGAGAAAGAAGCCUUCUGCUUCCAUAUUCUUAGACCGAGAAGCUCAUCAGGUUGAUGAUGAGGAUGAAGAAGACGAAGAAGAAGGAGAAGAUGACUUUAUUGUGGAUGCUGGAACGGACCUUCCGGAUGAGCGUGGUGAUAGACGGUAUGAACGGAGGUUUCUUUCUCGUGAUGAAAAUGAUGAGGAUGUGGAAGAUCUCGAGAGAAGAAUUCAAGAGCGGUUCUCUAGGCAUCAUGAAGAAUAUGAUGAAGAAGCUACUGAUGUUGAGCAGCAAGCGCUUUUGCCAUCAGUUCGUGAUCCGAAAUUGUGGAUGGUGAAAUGUGCGAUUGGUCGCGAAAGGGAGGUUGCUGUUUGUCUUAUGCAAAAAUUUAUAGAUCGAGGAGCAGAUUUGCAGAUUAGAUCUGUUGUUGCCCUUGACCAUCUUAAGAAUUAUAUAUAUGUUGAAGCAGACAAGGAAGCUCAUGUGAAAGAGGCAAUCAAGGGCAUGAGGAAUAUAUAUGCUAAUCAGAAGAUCUUACUUGUCCCAAUAAGAGAAAUGACAGAUGUGCUUUCUGUUGAAAGCAAAGCAAUUGAUCUAUCUCGGGAUACCUGGGUUAGAAUGAAAAUCGGGACGUAUAAAGGUGAUCUUGCAAAGGUAGUUGACGUUGAUAAUGUGCGUCAGAGGGUCACAGUCAAGUUAAUCCCAAGAAUUGAUCUGCAGGCACUAGCCAGUAAGCUGGACGGAAGAGAAGUUUCAAAGAAAAAAGCCUUUGUUCCACCUCCACGUUUCAUGAACAUUGAUGAAGCAAGGGAAUUGCACAUACGAGUUGAGCGUCGGCGUGAUCCCAUGACGGGUGAUUACUUUGAAAAUAUUGGUGGCAUGCUUUUCAAAGAUGGUUUUCUGUACAAAACGGUAUCAUUGAAGUCCAUCACUGUUCAGAAUGUUACACCAACUUUUGACGAACUUGAAAAAUUCAAUAAACCAAGUGAAAAUGGAGAGGGGGACUUUGGUGGUCUGUCAACUUUAUUUGCAAACAGAAAGAAAGGGCAUUUCAUGAAGGGUGAUGCGGUUAUUGUUAUAAAGGGGGAUCUGAAAAACUUGAAGGGUUGGGUUGAGAAAGUAGAUGAAGAAAAUGUCCUUAUCAGAUCAGAAAUGAAAGGUCUCCCUGAUCCUCUUGCUGUAAAUGAGAGAGAGCUUUGCAAGUACUUUGAACCUGGAAAUCAUGUGAAGGUUGUUUCUGGGACCCAUGAAGGAGCAACAGGCAUGGUUGUCAAAGUUGAUCAACACGUGCUUAUCAUUCUGUCUGACACAACCAAAGAACAUGUCCGAGUGUUUGCUGAUCAUGUUGUUGAGAGCUCAGAAGUGACAACUGGUGUUACCAAAAUUGGGGACUAUGAACUUCAUGAUCUUGUGCUUCUGGAUAACCUGAGCUUUGGAGUAAUUAUACGACUAGAGAAUGAAGCUUUUCAGGUUCUUAAAGGGGUUCCUGACAGACCAGAGGUUGCUCUUGUCAAACUCAGAGAAAUCAAAUGCAAAAUUGAGAAGAAAAUCAAUGUUCAAGAUCGCUACAAAAAUGUCAUUGCUGUGAAAGAUGACGUCAGAGUCAUCGAGGGUCCUAGCAAAGGUAAACAAGGUCCGGUGAAGCAUAUCUACAAAGGAGUCUUAUUUAUAUAUGAUCGGCAUCACCUUGAGCAUGCUGGAUUUAUCUGCGCUAAAUGCACAUCAUGCAUUGUUGUUGGUGGAUCACGUUCUGGCGCUAAUAGAAAUGGUGGUGAUUCUUUUUCAAGGUAUGGCAAUUUCAAGGCACCUGCCCCAGUACCCUCAUCCCCAGGAAGAUUUCAACGUGGCAGAGGCGGAGGAUAUAAUAACUCUGGAGGGAGGCAUGGGGGUGGAAGAGGACGGGGAGACGAUUCUUUGUUGGGUACUACUGUUAAGAUCCGUCUAGGACCUUUCAAAGGGUAUAGGGGACCUGUAGUAGAAGUGAAAGGAAAUUCAGUGCGUGUAGAACUUGAGAUGAAGAUUGUGACAGUUGAUCGGGAUGCAAUAUCAGAUAAUGUUGCGACAACACCGUUUAGAGAUACAUCUCGGUAUAGUAUGGGAAGCGAAACACCUAUGCAUCCUUCUCGGACUCCACUUCAUCCUUAUAUGACUCCAAUGCGCGACUCUGGAGCUACACCAAUCCAUGAUGGAAUGAGGACACCCAUGCGUGAUAGAGCUUGGAAUCCUUACACGCCUAUGAGUCCACCUAGGGAUAACUGGGAAGAUGGAAAUCCGGCAUCUUGGGGAACGAGUCCUCAAUAUCAGCCGGGAAGUCCUCCUUCACGAGCAUAUGAAGCACCAACUCCUGGCUCUGGAUGGGCUAGUACUCCUGGUGGUAGUUACUCGGAUGCGGGGACACCUAGAGACCAUGGUUCAGCUUACGCUAAUGCCCCAAGUCCUUACCUACCAUCGACCCCUGGGCAACCCAUGACACCAAGCUCGGCUUCAUACUUACCUGGAACUCCUGGAGGACAACCAAUGACUCCUGGAACUGGCCUCGAUGUCAUGUCUCCUGUUAUAGGUGGGGAUGCUGAAGCAUGGUUCAUGCCCGAUAUUUUGGUUGACGUACACAAGGCUGGAGAAGACAGCGAUGUGGGCGUCAUCCGAGAUGUUUCGGAUGGAACGUGUAAAGUGUCUCUCGGGUCCAGCGGUGAAGGUGACACUAUAAUGGCCCUCCCAAGCGAACUGGAGAUAAUUCCUCCGAGGAAAUCUGACCGUGUCAAAAUAGUUGGUGGCCAAUAUCGUGGGUCUACAGGUAAGCUGAUCGGAAUCGACGGGUCUGACGGAAUCGUUAAGAUAGAUGAUAAUCUUGACGUCAAGAUUCUGGACCUGGCCUUAUUAGCCAAGUUUGUGCAACCGUGAUAGUGUUCUUCUAAUGAACGUUUAAUUUUAUC